ACUAUACAGAAACCUCUGUAUCUGUACAGAAAUGUUUCAUACUAUAAGGCAUUGCACUCUGAACCGUGCCACACUAAGCUAUGUGGGCAGAAAACCAGAAAGUUUAAUGCCAGAAUUCUGCUAAUGACGCCUCUGGUCAGGAUGAGGAGACAGUCAAACCUGUGGAAAGUCACUGCUGUUUACUAACAUGUUGGAGAAUGUAAGGGAGUCCUUGCAGUUUUACUCACCACUAAGAUUGAGGAUUUAUCUGAGAUGGCUCAAACUCUCUCUGAAGGAAGCCUGGACACAAUUAUUAGGUCAUACAGGAAUGACUGGAAUGUGUGAUUUAAAAAGAUAAAGGUACAGCUAAAUUGAUAAAAGAAGCCAACAUGGAACAUACUGCAAAAGAAACUGCGGAUAGCUGUGCUCCCAGUGAUGGUGGCAUUCUUUCCAGGAUGGCUCUCAACGAUAAUAAAGCUGGAAUGGAAGGGUUGGAUAAAGAAAAAAUUAACAAAAUAAUUCUGGAAGCUUCUAAGGGAUCAAGGUUUUAUGAAAAUGAACGAAAGAAAGAACAACAGGUGAACCAGCGAAUUGAGAAAAUGUUACAGCAGAAAGCACAGAUUACAGAGCAACAGCUAAAGAAAAGGCAGCACCAGGUGGAGAGAUUUGUAAUUGAACUGGAGGAGAGCCGUGACCUUAGUCGUACAAUUGUACAUAUUGAUAUGGAUGCUUUUUAUGCUGCUGUGGAAGUGAAAGAUGCUCCAGAGCUGAAAGACAAACCAAUGGCUGUUGGAUCAAUGAGUAUGCUGUCAACAUCAAAUUAUCAUGCCCGGAAAUAUGGAGUACGUGCAGCUAUGCCUGGGUUUAUUGCUAAGAAGCUGUGUCCAAAUUUGAUUAUCAUUCCAACAAAUUUUGAUAAGUAUCGAGCAGUAAGCAAGGAGGUACAAGAAAUACUUGUAGACUAUGACCCCAAUUUCCUUCCAAUGAGUCUUGAUGAAGCCUACUUGGAUAUAACAGAACAUUUACAACAAAGGCAGAACUGGCCUGAACACAAAAGGAUGUACUACUGUCAUAGAGAAGUAAAAGAGAAUAGAGAUGAUUUACAGCCACCCUGUGACGACUUGGGAGACAUUUCACCUCUACUUUUUGAAGACAGCCCUCCCAUAUUGUCACAACAAGGGUCAGUCCAUUGUGAAGUACAACAGACAGAUCCUCAUCUGCAAAGCAAUGAAAAAGAAUUACAUCAGCAGAAAGAAAAAAUUGUGUUUGGUGUAACAGCAGAGGAGGCUGUUAAAGAAAUGCGUUUCAGGGUUGAACAGAAGACGAAAUUAACAGCAAGUGCAGGAAUUGCACCAAACAUGAUGUUGUCCAAAGUUUGCAGUGACAUGAACAAACCAAAUGGCCAGUAUCGAAUUCCAGCAGACAGGGAUGUUGUGAUCGACUUCAUAAAGAAUUUGCCUAUUAGAAAGGUACCUGGAAUAGGAAAAGUGACAGAAAAAAUGCUGAAUGCAUUAGGAAUUACUACAUGCACUGAACUGUACCAGCAGGGGGCCCUGCUUUCCAUCCUUUUCUCUGAGAGUUCCUGGCAUCAUUUUUUGCAGGUCUCACUUGGUCUGGGUGACACCCACCUUGAAAGAGAUGGUGAUCGGAAGAGUAUGAGCACAGAAAGAACAUUCAGUGAAAUCAGUAAAGCAGCAGAGCAGUACAGCUUAUGCCGUGAUCUUUGUCAUGAUCUUGAAGAAGAUCUCCAAAAGGAAGGACUAAGGGGAAAAACAGUAACUCUAAAAUUGAAGAACGUAAACUUUGAAGUGAAGACAAGGGCCUGCACAGUUCCAUCACCGGUUUCCAAAGAAGAGGAGAUUUUUGCUGUUGCACAUGAAUUAUUAAAGACUGAGAUUAACAGCGUGCAUCCCCGGCCUCUGAGAUUGAGACUUAUGGGUGUGCGAGUGUCUGGCUUUGUGCAUCAAGAGGAGAAAAAAUCUCACCAAAAAAGCAUCAUCAAAUUUUUGCAUACUGGAAAGUCUGAGAGCGCCUCUGCAUUUGACAGCAUAGAUAUCGAGAAUCAAGCAGAACUUCGAGAAACGUCCAAAAGGGAAAGUUUCUUCAAUAAAAAGUGGCAGCAAAACAAUCAGCAGUCCUUCUUCAACCAAGUUCUUGCAAAGAAGCAACAAGAAAGUUGCAAACCUGCCAUAACAAUCCCAGGAGAUACUGGCGCUGAGGGCAGCGGACUGACCCUAGAAUUAGAGGCUACCAGUAAUUGUCCAAUAUGUUUUGAAAGGCAAGGCGUACCAACUUCAGGGGAAUUUAACAAGCAAGUUGAUGAGUGCCUAUGUGUAACCAAGUCUUUUCAAGUUGCAGAGACAGUAGGCGAAGCAAAUAUUUCAAAAAUAAGUUAUAUAAGCAUGAAGAAAACAUCAGACUUGGAUAAUGAUUUGAAAAAUAAAAUAAUAAAUCUAAAAAGUGAACAGUUAAAUAAUGAGCAGAAAAGAAUGAGAUUUAAGGAGAGACCUUCAGAAACUUAUAGAAACAAUACAGUUGGAGAUUUACAAGGAGAAACUGAAAAUAGCAGCUUUAACUAUGAAUCAUCAGUAAAAAGCAUGACAUGCUAUACAGGGCAAUCUGGUGACCAGGCUCCCCUUAAGGAGAUGCUUAAAAAUCAUAUGCAACUUAACAAUGCAGCAAAAACCAUGGAACUCACUAAGGAUAAAGAUGUGUUAAAAGAGGAAAUUUCAGGCCACAACAAUUUAUUGUGUAAUAAAUUAUCUGCUAAAUCUACUAAUACUACAGAGGAAGAGAAGCAAUUUGGACAACAAGAAUCGACUGCUGGCAUGUUAGAUCUGCCCUCAUUUACACAACUUGACCAGCUAAUACAAAGAACUCAUUACAUGCAGCAACAGUCAGACCAGUCAAUAAGACAUAGCAGAUCAUCAGAGGAAAGGCCCCCUUUUCAUCUAGAAGAACCAGCUGGCCUGGUUUGUCCAAUUUGCAACAUUAAACAAGAAACGACUGAUCUGUCAUUGUUCAACAGGCAUGUUGACAUCUGCCUAAAUCAAGGGGUUAUACAGGAGCUAACUGAAAGACCAGCAGAGCCAGCUACCACUGAAUGCAUUUCAAAUGGAAUAGGUCUGACAGGAUUUGGGAAAACAUCUUCAAAUUCAAUUGCUCGAACAAAAAGGACUGGAUCCGCGGCCCAGCAGCCAACAACCAAGAAAGCAAGAUGUAAUGAUUCCAAAAACACCAUUGAUCGAUUUUUUAAAUAAGCUAAUAAAACAAAUUGUUGAUUUUAUAUCACAGUGAAUUGUCAGUGUUAUAAAGCACAGUGUACAGUACAUGUUAUAAAGCACUUUUGUUUAUAUAUUUAAUAUAUUCUAUUCAACUAGUGAUUUUUGAUUUUAUUAUUUUGUUGAAAAAUUGUUCCAGAGAUAUCUAAGCCACAAAUUUUAGAUGUCGAGAGCAAAUUAUAACUAUUAUUGGUAAUACAUAAUUACUUUUUACAGACUGAAUUUAAAUAAAUAUGAAACCAUAAAUGCUUUUUCACUAAGCAAUACAUAUUUUUGAUCUCAAAAACAUAAUUUGAGUAUUUAAGAAAUCAUGUAAGGUACAAAAAUAAUUUUAAAAGACUAAACUCUUUAAGUUUGUAUAGAAAGAUUGCUAUUCAUAUUUUUGUAAUAAAUUUAUGGAAAGGCACACAACUGUAAACCUGUGUUGUGCUACUUAUAAUAAAAUAAAGUAUUUCUAUUA